UCCUGGAACUAGCUCUUGUAGACCAGGCUGGCCUCGAACUCAGAGAUCCGCCUGCCUCUGCCUCCUGAGUGCUGGGAUUAAAGGCGUGCGCCACCACCGCCCGGCGUUUGGUCCAAAUCUUGUUGGCUUUUCCAGUAAAUUUUGUUAACUGAAGUCAAGAACUGAUGAGUAAAAAUUUUGCUAUAACCUCCACGUUACACUGAAGUAUGAGUGUAUACUAGCACAUACACAGAUUAAAUAAAAGCAGUUGUUUAUGGUUUUCAGAUGUAGUUGGUUUUAUGGAGCAUCUUGUUGGUUUUACAGCAGUGGUUCUCAGUGGGUUCACUGAUACCAUUGGAAAAUACAGGUGUUUAUAAUUCAUAACAAACAAAAUUACAGUUAUGAAGUAGCAGCAAAAAUAAUUUUAUAGUUUAUGAGAAACUAUCAAAGGGUUGAAGCAUUAGAAAGGUUGAGAACCACUUCUUUACAGGGUCCAUAAAUUCUAAUUGUCAAAGGUGAAUUUUUAGCUGAAGCAGAUUAGAACUACAUAAUAUAAAUAUUCUUGUAAAACACAGCAGUGGGUGCCAAUACCUCACUUGCCUACUGCUGUUUUUUCAAGAUAGGGUUUCUAUGUGUAGUCCUGGCUGUCCUCUGCCAGCCUCUGCCUCCUGAGUGCUGGGAUCAAAGGCACACACGACCAUCACCACUGCCGCCCAGCAGUUAAUGCUGUAUUUUAUAGUGAAUACCAGGCUCAGAAAUGGAAUGUUUUAAGUAGCCAUCGAAUGGCAGAUUAGUGAGCCAUUCAACCUCAUGAUGCCCCCCCCCCCUUUUUUUGAGAUAGUCUCACUAUGUGAACUUGGCUGACUUUGAAUUCAGAGCCUGCUAAUGUCUCCCAGAUGCUGGGAUCAAAGACAUGUGUCACCAUGUAGGGCCUCAUGCUUUCUUUUAAAUCAAGUGCACUGAAGAAUUACUUAUGAUGUCAAUUUUUAAAUUGUGUUUUCACCAUUUUAGUUCUGUCAAGAGUGGCACCUUCCACGGGCUUUGCUUUAAAGAUGGGCCUGUAUUUUCUUUCAGCGAGGUUUGAGGUUCAGUCACUAGUACACACAAAACGCAAAUGCUGAUGAUAUACACAUUAAUAACCACUGGAAUAGAAGUUAAACAUUGUCUUACUUUAAUACAUGUAUUAUUGGGGGAAAGGUGUUUAGAAUGUAAUCCAAGGGUUGACACAUGACAGACAUUUACUCUAUCAUUGAACUAUAUCCUUGGGUUCAUUGAUGCACCCUGGUUUUUGUGACAGUUUUUCUGUGUAGCCCUGGUUGUCCUGUAGAUCAGGCUGACCUUGAACUCACAUACCCACCACCUCUGCCUCCAAAGUGCUGAGUUAAAGGCAUGCUUGUGCCACUAUGCCAAGUUCUAAAAUACCUUUUUGUUUUUGUUUUUGUUUUUUUUCCCUCCAAGACAGGGUCUCACAAUGUAGCCCUGGCUGUCCUGGAACUCACUAUGUAGACCAAGCUGAGUUCAAAUUCAGAGAUCUGCCUACCUUUUCCACCCCCCAACCACCACCCAUCCCAUAUCCCCGCCCCCACCCCCCCACAACUCACUCUUUCCUUCCUUCAAAAAUAAAGAGUAUGGCCUUGAAUUCCUGAACAUCUUGCUUCAGCCUCCCAGGGCUAGGGUUGUAGGAGUAAGUGCUGCCAUGUGAUUUUAAGAAAAUUAGAAUUGUUAACUCUGUAGAUGCUGCCUCUAACAGAUGAUGUGGAAUUAACCAUUAGUGAAUGGUGUUGAUAUACCGUCAAGCCUAAAGGAAUCAAGUGAAAAAAGUUUUUUUGUUGACGGGAGGUGGUGGUGAGGGAAAGAUUGGAGUAUUCAGGUGAGUGGAUUCCUACAGCUGUGUAGUGAAAUGAGCAAGGACUGGUAAGUUCUCCACAGCUGCGGAACUUCUGCAUUAGCCUCUAAAAAUAUUCUGGAAUUUUAAAAGGAAAGUGGCUGCCUCUAGGGAAGAAUGUGUGUUGGGGGGGGGGGAUUGAGGGGGCUUCAUGCUGUGCUUUUUAAGUGCCCUGUGUCACUGUGUUAAAUCUGCUUGGCUAAAAAAAGUUAAGAGGCUGAGCAUAAUCGGAGUGGUGGCACUCCGUUCCAGCUGGGCUGAGAGGCAGGCAGGCAGGCAUCAGUGAUUCAAAACCAGGCUGGUUCUUGGUCACCCUGUCUUAAUCAAAAACAAAAAAAGAUGUUACUGUUGAAAGGUACCCAUCUGGGUGCUUGUUGAAGCAGUUUCCUUAUAGUCCCAGCUGGUCUCAAACUCAAUCCUUCUGCCUUAGCUCCCGAGUACUGAGAUCUUGGGCGUGUACUAUCUAUCAUAUUCCACAUAGCAUUUGGGUUUCAGUAGCGUUUUACUUGUUUUCUUUUGUUUUUGAGACAGGGUCUUGUAGUGCCCUCCCAUUACUGGUGUAGUCAAAGAUGACCUUGAGGUCCACCUAGGUACUGUGUUUUUUUAUGCUCAAACCUCAAUAUGAAUAGAUGGCUAUAUUAUAUACACCUUUUAUGUGAUUAUUCUUAAGCAUUUUGCAGUUGGGCUGGUGACUCAGGUAAUCUUAGCACUCCUAGCUAUUGGUACACUGACACCCUGUCUGCAAAACAAAACAAAAAAAUCCGGUAGCUUUGGGUCAAAAGUUUUUUUUUUUUUUUUUUUUUUUUUUAAGAAGUGAGUGGCCUGUGGAAAAGGUGUGCCACAACAGAUCUUACUCUGGUGGUUCAGGGUUGUUUGGUAGGGGAGGGGUGAGUUUCACUACCUUUCCCUGCCCCACCCCAAAGUAGAGUUUUUAUAAUAGAGCACUGUGUUGCUGGUUGUUGUAGGAAUUGCAUGCAUGCAUUCCUCGCUGUGACACUUGAGAGGUGUUCAGAUCUUGGUAAGAGGGUGUUGUGAUUGACUGCUUUAUGUGCUUGUUUAUUUUCAUAGCACUUAAAUCAAGCGAUAUUGAGAUGGAUUGGGCUAUGAGACAUAAUGGCCCAAGUGACGCUAGCGAUGGGACAGUGCGGCUUCGAGGACUGCCAUUUGGUUGCAGCAAAGAGGAAAUAGUUCAGUUCUUUCAAGGGUUGGAAAUCGUGCCAAAUGGGAUAACAUUGACGAUGGACUACCAGGGGAGAAGCACAGGGGAGGCCUUCGUGCAGUUUGCUUCAAAGGAGAUAGCAGAAAAUGCUCUGGGGAAACACAAGGAAAGAAUAGGGCACAGGUACAUUGAGAUCUUCAGGAGUAGCAGGAGUGAAAUCAAGGGAUUUUAUGAUCCACCAAGAAGAUUGCUGGGACAGCGACCGGGACCAUAUGAUAGACCAAUAGGAGGACGAGGGGGUUAUUAUGGAGCUGGGCGUGGAAGUAUGUAUGACAGACUGCGACGAGGAGGUGAUGGAUGUGAUGGUGGCUAUGGAGGUUUUGAUGACUAUGGUGGCUAUAAUAAUUAUGGCUAUGGAAAUGAUGGCUUUGAUGACAGAAUGAGAGAUGGAAGAGGCAUGGGAGGACAUGGCUACGGUGGAGCUGGUGAUGCAAGUUCAGGUUUCCAUGGUGGUCAUUUUGUACACAUGAGAGGGCUGCCUUUUCGUGCGACCGAAAAUGAUAUUGCUAAUUUCUUCUCACCACUCAAUCCAAUACGAGUUCAUAUCGACAUUGGAGCUGAUGGCAGAGCAACAGGAGAGGCAGAUGUAGAGUUUGUGACACAUGAAGAUGCCGUGGCUGCCAUGUCUAAAGAUAAAAACAACAUGCAACAUCGAUACAUUGAACUCUUCUUAAAUUCCACCCCUGGAGGUGGCUCUGGAAUGGGAGGUUCUGGAAUGGGAGGCUAUGGCAGAGAUGGAAUGGAUAAUCAAGGAGGAUAUGGCUCUGUUGGGAGAAUGGGAAUGGGGAACAACUACAGUGGAGGAUAUGGCACUCCUGAUGGCUUGGGAGGUUAUGGUCGUGGUGGUGGAGGCGGUGGAGGUUACUAUGGGCAAGGUGGAAUGAGUGGAGGUGGAUGGCGUGGGAUGUACUGAAAACACCACCACCAACGUACAAGUCCUAACAACAACAUCUGUCUACUAGACUUUCUUACGGAUUUAAUUUCUUUUGUAUUUCAAGAACUUUAUAAUGACUGAAGGAAUGUGUUUUCAAGAUAUUAUUUGGUAAAGCAACAGAUUGUGAUGGAAAAAUCUGUUUUCUGUAGGUUUUAUUUGUUGCAUACUUUGACUUAAUAAAUUUUUAUAUUGAAACCA